GAUUAAAAGUAAGCCUUCUGACUGAAUGACGGGGCAAUCGACACAUAACACAAUUAAAAGAAAUAUACUGAUUAACAAAUAUAUGAAUUGUGGGUUUAACACUUGAGGGCCUAAAAACUGGAAGGAUUUUAUACACGUGAACUGAAACAUCACGUGGCCUGGUCGCACGUGCAGGAGGUAUGGCAGAGCGAAUAGAAUGUUUGACGUCACAAUGAGAAAAGAGCGAAUAAUGGAAUGUUUGACGUCAUAAACAGAACAUAUAAAUUGGCGCGUUCUGAAAAAAAUCUCUUUAGAGCAGCGAUUCUCUGAGCGAAAGCAAAGCUAAUCCCUUACAGCUAUUACAGACUUUCAGUCCGUAAAACACUUGCAUACCGAACGUUUAAACGCGACAAGUCAAUAACACUGUUACAGACUGUCGUGAAAUAGACUGAGGUAAAAUGCCUAAAUCAAAUGAUCAGCUCAAGAGCGGACUUUCCAUUCCGGGAGCCGUAAUGGAAGAUGAGUGGAUGCCACCAGCUGUUAGACAGAAUACAAUUCUGUCUGCAUCAGCUCGUGGGCUCGUGACCAGCAGCGGUCUAGGUGGUGCUCAACGGAUGUUGAACAUCUCUAGACCUGCAGCUGGUCACAUGAGGUUCACUCUUCCAGGAGCUGUGGAGGAUGAUGAGGAGUGUAGCCCGACAGCUGUUAGACAGAGUACCAUCCUGUCUGCGUCAGCUUGUGGGCUUGUGUCCGGCAGCAGUGUAGGUGAUGCUCAACGGAGGUUGAACAUCUCUACACCUGCAGCCGGUCACGUGAGGUGUGCCCUUCUUGGGGCCGUAGAGGACUACGAGUGUAGAGGAGAAGCUCGUGGUUUCGUGACCAACAGCGGUGUAUGUGAUGCUCGAUGGAAGUCAAACAUCUCUACAACUGCAGCUGGUCACGUAAAGUUUGCUGUAGAUGAUGAGGAGUGCAGCCGAGCAGACGUUAGACAGAAUACCAUUCUGUCUACGUCAGCUUGUGGGCUCGUGACGGGCAGCAGUGCACGAGAUGUUCGGCAAAGGUCAAACAUCUCUACACCUGCAGCUAGUCAAGAGAGCAUCACCCCUCCAAGAGCUGCAAAAAAGGAGGAGAGGAGAAAGAAAAAAGCUGAUAAAAAACCAAAACAGCAAAAGGGAAAGAGCAUCAGUGCUUUUUUCCGUAGAACAGUCCAGGCUAUACAGCAUGCCUGCUGUAUCUGCCAAAAUGAGGAUGACCUGGAGUCAUCUGAUUCAGAUGAUCCUCAGCCAGGUCCAUCCGACCUGCUGUCAAGUACCCGUGAAGAUCCAACUGAUUUGCAGAAAGGUCCAUCUGGACUCAAGCAUACGGGUUUUCAAGAACCAGCCUAUUGCCUGGCUGGUUCAUUUACCUUGGAGGAAACGGAGAUCCAAGAAGAGACUGAUCAUAACCAAGGUCCAUUCGACCCGGCGGAGCUUCGUGCUCAACCUGAUCAGGCUUUUUGUAAGCCAGGCCCUUUCGGCCUGCAUGGAGCCCGUGAGCAAGAUAGUCCCUUCGGACUUGAGCGAGCGCGCCAUGAAGAACCAGCCUAUUGCCUGGCUGGUUCAUAUACCUUGGAGGAAACAGAGAUCCAAGAAGAGACUGAUCAUAACCAAGGUCCAUUCGACCCGGCGGAGCUUCGUGCUCAACCUGAUCAGACUGAUUGUAAGCCAGGCCCUUUCGGCCUGCACGGAGCCCGUGAGCAAGAUAGUCCCUUCGGACUUGAGCGAGCGCGCCAUGAAGAACCAGCCUAUUGCCAGGCUGGUUCAUUUACCUUGGAGAAAAAAGAAAUCCAAGAAGAGACUGAUCUUGAGACUGAUCUCGAGCCAGCGGGCUGUCAUAAACCAGGCUGUUGCCCACCUGGUUCAUCUAAAUUAAAGCCAAAAGCUCAAGAUCAAGAUCCAGCUGACUCUCAGCCAGGCCCUUCCGGUCUGCAAAGUGCCCAUUCGCAGAAUAGUCCCCUUGGACUCGAGCCAGCGGGCUGUCAUAAACCAGGCUGUUGCCCACCUGGUUCAUCUGAAUUGAAGCCAAAAGCUCAAGAUCAAGAUCCAGCUGACUCUCAGCCAGGUCCAUCUGGCCUGCAGUCAAGUGGCCCUGCAGAUUCCCAACCUGCUAGGGCAUUUCAAAUGCUUUAUACAAUAGGAAAAUUGAUAGGAAGAGGUGGCUUUGGUACAAUUCGUGAGGGAUGUCGAAAAUCCGAUGGCAGAAAGGUCGCCAUCAAAUUCAUUGAGAAGUCGUGCCCCUCAACUAACAGUUACAUUAAAAUGCCUGGACAUGCCGAGCCUCUUUAUACAGAAGUGGCAAUAAAUCUGAUGCUGCUUCAACCGAAGAAAAGCCCCUACAUUGUGGAAAUGUUAGACUGGUUUGAAGAGAGGAAUCAGUACAUCAUCAUUUUGGAGUUGCCUCAUCCCUGCAUGAAUCUUCUUGAGUUUAUCGAGAGUAAUGGAGGUCGUCUGUCAGAAGUCCAGGCACGUCCAUUAAUGCGCCAAGCAGUGCUCGCGGCCAUACACUGCAUUGACAGAGGUGUCUAUCACGGAGAUUUAAAGCUCGACAACAUGCUGGUCAACACAGACACGAUGGAGCUGAAAUUGAUAGACUUUGGACUCAGCAAUCUUGCGAACGAUUGUGGGAGACGAGGCGCACCAUACAGAGGGCUAUAUUUUGCUGAUGAACAGACUAUGCAUGCUUUGGCUAUUUUAUUGUUCAAAAUGUUGCAUGGACAAGUGUUUAGAGGCAGAACCACUGAAGGCACUGCUGUGAUAUCCAAAGAGUGUCAAGACUUGAUGGAUUGGAGCCUGGACCUCCAGCGAGGCACUCGGCCAACAUUGAAAGAAUUCUUUCAACAUAAAUGGUUCAAUGAGGACUAAAGCAGAUCCACAAAUUGACUCCAGCGAUUAAGAGCAGAGGAAGAAGUCGUUCAUCAAAGUGUAGAAGUCAAAGAAGCAAACGAAAAUACAGAGAAAAAUACAACAGAAUUAAUAAAUUUAUUUAUUAUCAAAGCACAGAGUCGUUGAGUAACAGAGAGUGCAUUUGUAAAUCAAAAGAUAAAGUGAGGAAGUAGUAAAGAAGUAUAAAAUUUUGUCCUAUCUGCAUGCUUUUAUGCAUUGCACUGUUGAUAGUUUAUUGGCUGAUUAGUGCAGGUGUUAUUAAAAAAGUGUUUUGUAAGUAUAGUAGUUAGUUACAAUCGGUAGAAUUCACAAAAAAAUUUAAGUUGAUUUGCAAAUGAAAAUAUUGUUUAAAAAAAGUAAGUAAUGCAACUCACAGUACUGUAAUGUGUAUGGCCAAAUUCUAGCCUGACGUUGUCAUACUCAAUUCUAGUCAGAAUUUGAGUCUGAUACCGCUCCAUUGAGCUAAAAUUAUGAGGCGUGUCUCAACCGAAAAAUGCCUCUGCACUCAAUUGGAUAGACAUACGACCAAUCAGAGCAACGGAGUGCGUGAUGUUGAAAAUGGCGUCUUUAGCAGCCUGACCGAACUGCUAGUAAUUGCGCUACAAUGAUACUAACAUCAUUGUAAUUAUACUAAGUCUGAGUUAGCGAAGGUACAUCAACAACUACUAUGUUUACAACAUUUCAUUUAUAUCACAACAUUAAGUAUUUACUAAGUCAUACAGUAAGACUAUCUCUUACCAUUUGUACGUUAGGUGAACUUCAGCCACGACAAUAGCUACCCAUUACGUUGGCUUGAAAAAUAUCGGAGCC